GUACUCUUGUAUUCUUUUUCCACCCGUCACUCUCUCCCUCUGUUUCUUUCUUUGCUUUGACAUUUUUCUUAAGGAAUCUCUUAUCUCCUUCUUCAUCUUCUUUCCUAAUCCUUACUUCAACGUUGUGUUUUCUCCUAAUCACUCCUUAAUCAAAUUCAAAUAUUAUCAAUCCAUUCUCCAAUUCAGAUUUUGUUGCUGCGGUGAUCGCUCCCGCGUGAUUGUCUUAACCCUUUAAGGAAGGCUCAGAGCAGAAAAAAAGGUUUUGAAAAUGGGUUCUGUGCAAGGACCAGCUGUGUGUCCAUCUAAACUUGCUGGGUUCUGCAGUCUUCCAAUGAUGGGGCCAAUGAAUGUGAGAUGUAUUAGAAGUGAAUUUUUGGGACUCAAUGGCGGCGGUUCCAAGGCUAAGCAGCGGGGUUUCCUUUCUUGCGAUGUAAACACACGAAAGUGCUGGACGGUAGUUCGUUGUAGUUUCAAUCCAUCAUCCUCAAAUGACAGUGAGAAUUUCAUUGAAAAAGAUGAAGAGUAUGUUAACUCUAGUGUGAUUGAAGCUGUUGAGGUGAAGAGUGGAGCAGAUGGUUUCAUAAUCAAAAUGAGGGAUGGAAGACACUUGAGAUGCGUUCACAACAAUCCUCAGGGAGGACAUCUUCCAGAUUAUGCACCACAUCCUGCUAUUGUAUUGAAGAUGGAAGAUGGGACUGGUCUACUUCUUCCUAUAAUUGUUUUGGAGAUGCCAAGCGUCUUGCUAAUGGCAGCAAUACGCGAUGUUCCUAUAGCCAGACCUACUUUGUAUCAAGUAGUGAAGGAAAUGAUUGACAAGAUGGGUUAUGAAGUGAGACUUGUCAGAGUGACUAGGAGAGUCCAUGAGGCAUAUUUUGCCCAGUUGUAUCUUACCAAGGUUGGGAAUGAGGCAGAAUGUCGGACUUUCGACCUUCGACCUUCAGAUGCUAUCAAUAUUGCAGUAAGAUGCAAGGUGCCAAUACAAGUCAACAAGUACUUGGCAUACAGUGAUGGAAUGAGAGUAAUUGAAUCAGGCAAACUGUCAACACAGUUCCCUGGUUUCGAUGGCCGAUUAUUUACUGAAAUGGACCGGCCAAAUGGUCAGCCAUGUGUUGAAACUGAGGAAUUCAAUCUUUUGCACAACAUGUUGAAAGCUGUUGGUGAAGAACGCUAUAAAGAUGCUGCUUUGUGGAGGGACAGACUUAAUCAACUUAGGGCUGGAAAAAAUGUGAAUAACAGAUCCUGGACACUUUAGUUGUACAUACAAUACAAUAUUAGAAUACCAAUGGAAUUCGAUGCAGAAAUAGUAGCCACGUCUCUCCCUUCCUUGGUCUAUAUUAUGCUUAAAAUGUGAAUAAUUGUAUAUAUUUCUGAACAUUAAUGUUAAUGUAUCAUCAUGUGGAACUUUUCAGUACUUUUCUGAAACUUCUGAGAAGCUGUUAAUAUGUAAUGUGGUUUCACUCAUGGGUCCCGGCAUGUCGCUGAUGGUUAUGUUUCGCUGUGUAAUUAACAUAUUUGGGAUGGUUGGAUAAAAUCAUGUAAAUCAAUUACCUAGUUCUAUGUUUUUUUGUGCA